AUGCAACAAGAACUGUGGUUGUUAACCGUAACUUUUCCCUGUCUAGUCAGUUUCGUACUCGUCUCCUGCCUCAAAACGCCCUGGAAAUUCAAAGGAGAUCGUGAGAGUUGUUCAAAAGCAAAAAAUUGUUGUUCUGCUGCUCUGUUUUGCAGACUCUCAAGCCGAGCAAGUCGAAAUUUACGUGUGUACGGUGCCGGAGACGAUGCCAAAAAAGGUGGAAAAUCGGAAGAGAAUCGAGAAAAACGUUUGUUUGUUUUAUUGGUCAAACGUCUCCGAGAAGUUAUUUCCAGAUAAAAAAGCCUGAAAAAAAGGAGAAAAAGGACAAGAAACCGACGAAAAAUCUGGCCAAAUUUUUCAUUUUCAACGCAAAAGACGAGGAUUUGAAGACGCCGAUUUCGACGGUUUUGUCGCCAGAAUCCACACAAAACGGAUGGAAUUCCGAGGACGACGGUCUGGCGCCAAUUUGAAUCUUUUUGUAGCAGAGCGGAAAAAGUCACAAAAACGCACUUGUUUGCAAACAUUUAACAAUCGAGCGCGUUUACAGCUCAUUUUCGCAUUUUCCAAAGUACCAGUUUUAUGAGAAAUUCGCGAAAAAAAGCGUGGCCCAACUUUUUCGCCGCAAAACCUAGUCCCCGUCUCAGAGCACGAAAGUCCGAUGGGUCCGUACGAGUUCAGCGACGAGGAGCGGCUCGGCGCCGUCCGAAUUUUGCCGACGCCGCCCGCGGAGUACGUGUCGCGGCUGAAGACAAAGGUGCGGAAAGCGAGGCGCGGAAAGAAGAGUCCGCAGGAUUAUCCGGUAUUUUCGAAUUUAUGUGUUCAGUGGAAAAUUAUCGAUUUUUUGAGUGCGCCGACGACGAAGACUCUCUGUUCAAUGUUGCGUCGCUUUCGAACGAUCCGGCGACGGUCCAAUCGUCAAAAUCCAUAAUUCCACUGAAUAUUCAAGGUAUGUGGCCUAGAAAACCUCUUCCACGCGAAAAAUCGAUAAUGUGUCCAGAUUCACGAGUGCUUCGGAUGGAUCGAUUCAAGAAAAGCCACGCGAUUUACUCGCCAAUCACCACCAACACGAGCACCUCGAAUUCCAGCGGAACUGACACUGAUCUGACCAUUACCGGUGUUUGA